AUGAGAAAACUCUUGCAAAGCCAGCGGUGUGCGCUGUGUGCAAGUAGGCGUGGCCAGCCAAUCAGGACCGAAAUUCUCCAAAGCGGAUUCCCAUGUCCCCAUUGAUGGGAACGAAAGGCUUCUUGGGAAACUGUUUCUGCCCCCGAAAUGGAAAAUUUUCUUCAGUUUCGGUUAAUUUCUGUACGGAAGCAUGCAGUACGUUCAGCAACAACCAUUUCUCCCUAUAUCUGGCUACGUUCCAACCAGGGUUAGUUGAUAACUUCCAUUUUCCACUUUUAAUAUGUUCUAUAGUCUGUUCAGAUUUUAAAUGUCAAGUCUUCGCUCAAGCUCCGCUCAUAAAAAAUAAACCAAUCAGAGAGCGAGCCAUCCACAGAGUGUUUUUGAAUGACGUCAUUCUACUUGACAUUCAAAAUCUGAACAGACUAUAGAACUUUUUAUUCUGUUAACAAAAUCAAGUGAAAUUCUUACCAGAAUGUCAAUCUUGUCAAAAUUUUGAAAAGUUUUGAGAGACAAGAAAAACUACUGAGAUUUUCAGAGCAACUAUCCCUAUCAGCAAAACACAGUCGAGAUGUUUGAAGGGACGGUACAAUCAGGUGAGUAAAAUUUCCUAUUUAAAAGUUUCCUAUAUUUAAGCAAAAUAUUUUAAGCCUAAUAAUUUUGGCCAACCACCUCAAUUUUUGGAUCAGACAUCUUCUGAUAGUUCUUCACCUGCACCCACUGCUUAUCAAAGCGAAAAGCAGGUAUGCUUUUUUCAGUUGAUCCCAUAAUACCAAGUGAUUUCGCUGAAUUGAAUAGCCUUAACAGAGCGAUAAUGAUAACUGAAUUUUAGAGAAUAAGAUAAUUUUUAAUUUCACUGAAGUUACUUUGAACACGGCAUAAAAAAUAUCAUUUUAGCAUCUCCAGUUCAUUGAGAGAGGAGAUCGAUCAAUGCGGCAAAAGAAACAACACAACAAAAGCAUAAUGGUAUGUGCACUUUUUGCCGUGUGCAACUUGAUUUCGAAAAAUGCGAAUUCGCCAUCAGCUCGAAAAUUGGUAACAAGAAGCGGACGUGUCCGGGCAUUUUAGUAACGUCGGCUUUUCUAAGUAAUCCCAAGAAAUUCUCAGAACCGUCCAUAGCACGUCCGUUUCGCGUUACCAUGUCCAAGAAAAUACGAAAAAGAUGAAAAAAGCUUGUGAGGCUCAAAAAUUCUUUCGAAAUCGAAAUAUCACUGUAUUUUACCAUUCCGCCCACUUGGCAAAAAUAACUUUUUCUUUUUCGCGUGUUUUUCAUUAUUUUUCAAUUGUGUUAGGUCAUAUUAUAUUGCAGUCGUCAGUCAACACACUCCAGAUGCGACCGGCCCAUUAUCGGAUGAACCACAGCGAUAGCUAUUCCUACACCAGCGAAAGCCACGCUUCCUGUGACACCUCCAUGUGCUCGACGAUUUCAAGUUUGGAGGAAGACAUCGAGGAUCCUUCGGUUGAGGUUUUGAACGAAAAUUUUUUUGGGGAGAAAUCAAAAUCUUGAGGUCGAUCUCGCAUUGUUCUCACCGCUCCUCGCGUCCGAUUCCAGCUCGGGCUCUGUAGCACAAUCGUCUCAAACCACGCCAACAAGUGUAAGAUAUCAACAGCAAACCUAUAAAAACACGAGGCAGCACUCAACGGUUUUUUAGAUUUUGGAAUAGUUUCCUAACCAAAAAAUGAAGUUCAGAUGGGAAGAGACGUGAGGUGUUCUUAUUGCUUCAUUUAUUAUCAAAAUACGUGUCGGAAAAGAGGCCUCAACCCGGAAAAUAUUCCCAAGGAAGGGCCGUGGAAUUGGCAUCAAUCAAGCGACAAGUAUGGAGUGAAGUUUACUCUUUUUCUCUUAAAAAAGAAAUGGAAAUUAAUAAAUUUUCAGGUGCCCACUGAUGUGGUUCCACAACAAGGAGUCGACCAGGAAGUCGAACAUUUGGCGCCAAAAUAUGUAA